ACAAACGAAUGAAAAGAUACUCCGAGUUUGCAGUGCCGUAGUUCAUUUCGGCUCAUAUCCGAUCUUGGAGAGCUUGGGGUGUCGUUUUAUCAAGCGGGGCAUUUCCAGUGGAAGCUGAGUUCUGGGGGGAGCUGUCCCUCCAUCCAUUCCAUGGAUGUCAACUGAGCGCCUCAAACUACGAGCCCAAUUAAGCAGACCUCGCUAUCACAAUCACAAAACCAUACUGCAACAAUGUUCGCACUAACUCUGACGGCAGAGCUGGCAGGCGUUACCAACCUCCGACCCAACGACACCGAAGAGAACCCUUUCUGGUACACUUUCAAGGUGCAAUGCACGUCUUGUAGAGAGACACACGCAAAGCCUGUUGGCGUCAGCCGGUUUGAUACCAAUGAGAUGAGUGGAAGCCGCGGUGAAGCCAACUUUGUCUGGAAGUGCAAGAACUGCAAGAGGGAGUCGUCAGCGAACAUCAUGGCUGCCCCAGGCCCAUAUGAGCAGUCUGACCCGGCGAAGGCUCAGAAGAUAUUGACCUUCGACUGUCGUGGUUUAGAAUUCACAGAAUUCAUGCCCGAGGGGGAGUGGCUCGCAGAAGGUGUCGAGUCAAAUUCUAAAUUCACUGGUAUUGACUUGACCGAGGGUGAAUGGUUUGAGUACGACGAGAAGACGGGUGAGGAAGUGAGCAUUAAGGAGCUGAAAUGGGAGAUUAAUCGGACCUGAUUUUAUACCAACGAGAUCAUCUUGAUAUGUGCCGACUUCGUUCAUCCAGUACUUGCAAGCGCCAAUUCAUUACCGAGUCAUAUAGUUUA